AUGUUUACCUCCUGGAAAUGUGAUCCCAAAGACGAGGAUGUUGUCCUUGCCGCCCAGGAAAUUCCUUUUGACCCCGUUACGAGAAGGACAACCGGCGUAAAGGCAUGCUCAUUAUGUCGAGUAAAAAAGCUGAGAUGCAACGGAGACAAAAGCGGUUGCCAGCGCUGCAAGACGCAAGGACUAGAAUGCAAUUACACCGAUACCGUCAGGCGGAAACGGACUGGAGAUUCAAGCGCCACAACCGCCUCCCCUAAGUCCAUGGACCACUCGGACACACAGAAGGCAUCCAGCACUUCGACGACAACGUCCUCCACAGCAGUGUCGACAUCAUCUUUCUCAUUCGAGCAUGGAGCUACAGCAUCCGCUAGUGUCACAACAAGAACAAUUGCAAUCUCAGUCUCAACAACAGCAGCAGUUACAGCAACAGGAGCACGAUGA